AGCAGUCUAGUUAACACCGCCUCCUACAGGCCCGGUGGCUUGCUGCUGCUGUGCUGGGCAAGCCGAGCGCUCCAGUCAGCGGGCAGCGGCUCGAGGGGAUGCAUCCCCGCCCGGGUUCCUCGCCCCGCCUCUCUACUGCCUAGGAGAGAAGCCGCAACUCCCGCCCGUCUCUCGCUGGCGGGGAAGCGAUGUCUGAAGAAGUCGCCGGCUGCGGCUCUGGGGCUUUUGCGCGGCGAUGGGAGCGGCGGAGCGGGCCGGUUGACCGAAGGACGGAGAAGCGGCAGCAGCAGCGAGAGGAGGGCUUCUAGGCAGGGCUUUCCGAUACCUUCCCGAGAGCGCUGUGGAUGGGGGAUAAAGACGUAAGCUGGCUAACGGUACCAUCUCCCUGUCGCCAGAAGGGAUGUAACCUGCGCUCCUAGAGACGAGGGGCAGCCUGCGUAAUUCCCAGCGCUUGCCCGACCCGAGAGAGAUCGCCGGAAGCUCUGCUACAGGUGACUCGGAUUGCUUCAGCCUCCCUCCUCUCCGUUCUGCCCCUGUUUUUUUUUGAGGGGGAGAAGCUUCCUCAUAACAGCAACGAUCACCGUUCCUAUUUUUGCCGGUGGGUUGAGUCGGGGGGGUGGCGGACUUCGACGGACUUGGGUCUCCCUCCGCUUGAGUGGAGGAGAUGGAUUUACCUUGGCUCUACCUCCUCCUCCUGCUCUCCGCUCACCUGGGCUUUGCGGUCGACGCCAGCCAAGGGCAGACGGCGCCUGGCCGAGGGAAAGAGAAACCGGCUCUUGACCAGAGCGCCAAGAGGGCGGCUCUUCCUCCCUCCCCCGGGAGCGGAGCCCCGGAGGAGGAGAGCACCAGCUGGGCCCAGAGGCUCGCCCCGGAGGGGCUGCCCCAAAACGUGGCUUCUUUCCUCUACACCGGCGAUUCCCGGGAGCUGAGGCGGGCCAACUGCUCCGGGAGGUAUGAGCUGGCCAACUUGGCCGGGAAGGCUCGCCUGGCUUCCCACCCGUCACUGCAUGGGGCCCUGGACACUCUCCUCCAUGCCACCAACUUUCUCAACGUCAUCCUGCAGAGCAAUAAAUCCCGGGAGCGAAACUUGCAGGAGGACAUCGAGUGGUACCAAGUCUUGAUCAAGAGCCUCCUGGAAGGAGACCCCAAUAUCUCCAGGGCGGCCAUCACCUUCAACCUGGAGCCCUUGUCCUCUGCCCCGCAGGUCUUCCUCCAAGCCGUCCGUCAGGGCAGCCAGAUCCUCUUGCAGGACUUGUCGGCCGUGGCUCACCACCUGGCCAACGCCUCCAGUGAGACGGAGUGGUUCCACGCCUUGAAGCGCAAGUGGAGGCCGCACCACCAGCACCGCAAGGGCUUGACUACUCCUGGCUCGAAGGCUCUGGAGGGCAGCCUGAGGAGGCGGGAGGGCCACCCAGCCGAGAAGAGCCACGUUAAAUGGUCCUCUCCCUAUCUGGAGUGUGAGAAUGGGAAUUACAAGCCUUCCUGGCUGGUGACCCUCUCUGCGGCUUUCUAUGGGUUACAGCCAAACCUCCUUCCUGAAUUCAGGGGUGUUGUGAAAGUGGACAUAAACUUACAGAAAGUGGACAUUGACCAGUGUUCAAAUGAGGGAUGGUUUUCAGGAACUCACACAUGCCAUUUAAAUAGCUCUGAGUGUAUGCCAAUUAAGGGCCAUGGAUUUGUACUUGGAGCCUACAAAUGCAUUUGUAAGGCUGGAUUCUAUCAUCCCAAACUUUUUUCAAUGAACGGCUUUCACAGAAAGGUUGCAGAGAGCCAUUUUUCUGGAGGUGAGAUGUCUGAGAAAGUCUACACCUGCUUGCCCUGCAGGGAAGGAUGUUCUUACUGUACAGAUGAUACUCCCUGCUAUGCACAGGAGGACAAGUAUUUACGGCUUGCUAUCAUCUCAUUCCAAACACUCUGUAUGCUGUUGGACUUCAUAAGCAUGCUAGUGGUCUACCGUUUUCGCAAAGCAAAGAGCAUUAAGGCGUCUGGUCUCAUUCUCUUGGAGACUAUCCUAUUUGGGUCACUUCUUCUUUAUUUCCCGGUUGUCAUUGUGUACUUUGAGCCAAGUACAUUUCGCUGUGUUCUCCUAAGAUGGGUUCGUCUUCUGGGAUUCACUACUGUUUAUGGAACCGUUACACUCAAGCUGCAUAGGGUUUUGAAGGUGUUCCUGUCUCGAACUGCUCAACGAAUGCCAUAUAUGACAGGCGGACGAGUGAUGAAAAUGCUGGCUGUGAUUUUUCUGGUAGUGGUUUGGUUCCUAGUAGGCUGGACCACUGCAGUCUGCCAAAACCUGGAACGAAAUAUUUCACUCAUCGGCCAAGGGCAAACCUCAGAUCAUCUGAUCUUCAACAUGUGCCUGAUAGACCGGUGGGAUUAUAUGAUGGCUAUUGCUGAAUUUUUAUUCCUCUUGUGGGGUGUUUAUCUCUGCUAUGCAGUGCGGACAGUACCCUCGGCGUUUCACGAGCCACGUUAUUUGGCUGUUGCAGUUCACAUUGAGCUUAUUAUCUCUGCUAUAUUCCAUACAAUUAGGUUUAGUCUUGCCUCAAGACUUCAGUCUGAUUGGAUGCUUAUGCUGUUCUUUGCACACACACAUUUGACUGUGACAGUCACCACUGGGUUACUUCUGAUCCCGAAGUUUUCCCAUUCAAGUAAUAACCCACGAGAUGAUAUAGCUACUGAAGCUUAUGAAGAUGAGCUCGACAUGGGAAGAUCUGGAUCCUAUCUGAACAGCAGUAUCAAUUCAGCUUGGAGUGAACAUAGCUUGGACCCAGAAGAUAUUAGGGAUGAAUUGAAGAAACUGUAUGCCCAGCUGGAGAUUUAUAAGAGGAAAAAGAUGAUCACCAACAAUCCACACCUCCAGAAGAAGAGGUGCUCAAAAAAGGGCUUGGGUCGUUCAAUUAUGCGAAGAAUUACUGAGAUCCCAGAGACAGUCACCAGGCAGUGUUCACGGGAGGAAAAGGACUUUUUGGAACAUGGGAUUUCAAAGAAUACUCCUGUAGCAAGGAAAAACCCACCAGAUUCUGGUGGACACAUUAAACCAAAGGAAGAUUCUUUGAGGAACAGGGUCUUCUCAUUGAAAAAGUCUCACAGCACUUAUGAUCAUGUCCGGGACCCAACUGAAGAGUCUAACAGCUUAACAACAGAAAGUGUGGAAGUCAUCACAGCUACCGAGAAUUCCUUGCUGGAUUCUCUCCCUGGGAAAAAAACAACAAAAAAUUCUGUAGACAGAGUUGAAGGGGUGUCCACCGAAAAUGUCCCUUUGGUGUGCAAAUCCGUGAGUGCUCACAAUUUAAGUGCAGAUAAGAAACCUUUCCAUCCGAGAACAUCAGUGUUGCAGAAAUCGCUCAGUGUUAUUGCCAGUGCUAAGGAGAAAACUCUGGGGUUGACAGGCAAAAUGCAAAGCGAAGAGAGUGGCAAGGCCCACAAGUCUCAACAAAAGGGCAAAGAAGUGAGCAAAAAGCACUCAGGCUCUGAGAAAAGUGAACAUAAAGAUUCACACCGAAAAAAUUCUGCCCACACAGAAGAGUCAAGAAAACCCCAUAAAUCUGGGAUAAUGAAACAGCAAAGGUCCAAUCAGGCACCUGGAAAUCCUGAGGCAGGAGCGGAUAAGUCACUGCCAAAUAACGGUGUUGAUAUAGGAGAAGUUUGUCCUUGGGAAAUCUAUGACCAGAGCCCAGGGUCUGGGCUUUCUGAUUCCAAAGCUCAAAAGCAUGUAUCCAUUGCUUCCUCUGAAUCAGAGAAACCCCAUUUGUCCCAGACAAAGGACAAAACUCAUCACAAGACUGCUGAAGGGUAUCAGCUACCCAAUCAAAACAGCACAGACAAAUGUGAAGUGUGCCCUUGGGAGAGCCAAGAUGAACAGGCAGCAAAAGAACAACAUUUGAGUUCCAAGGCUCAGCAGGAUGUUCCUGGGUUAAAAGGUGAAAAUGCUAAUAAACAAUAUGUAGCCAGCCUUUCAGCUGGAGAUCCCAAGGAACUGCUCAAAAAGACAACAGCACAAACCACAGAUACCAAUAAACUGGGAGAUCAGACAAAAAAUGCAUCCUCUUCUCCAGCAGCAGGAAAUGUGCUUCCCUCUGAUUCUGCUAGGUCAACCACUAGUAACUCACAGCAACCUUUAACACUGCGUGUGGAAAUCUGUCCCUGGGAGUACGAGACACCAGAAUUACCAAAAGCGGAAAGAAAGAUAGCUUUAUCGAACGCUACCAGUUUAAGCUCGAGUAAAACAGCAACACAUCCAAAAUAAGAGGGCUUAGACUGUGGGAAGAGAAGCAACAAUGGAAGGAAAAAGGGCUGGAAAGAGGGAAGGGAAAGGUCAAAAGGAUCUGCUAAUUCAAAAGGAGCAUCACUUAAGCAGGCAAUGAGCACCUUGAACAUGUAGGAACUAAGCAAAGUAAAUUGUCUCUUAUUUGUUUGUUUGUAGUUGAGUGCCAACAGUGUUAUCAGUGCGAUCCAGAACAAGAGGAACUUGUGGCCCUCUCCUGUCCCUAAAAGAGUUUACAUUCCAAAUGAGUGAAAACAUGCCUUUAGAAAUAAUUUAUUUUUUUGUAAAAUGUGUGCGGUUGGUAAGUAAGCUACACUGAAGUACUUAAAAUCAAAUGUAAUUAUUCCUAAAGGCCCUGUAUUGGCAUAACAUGGGUACGAAUUCAUUAUAUAUGAUAAAAUCUAAUGGAGUUGUUCUAAAAUACCUUGAAUUGGAUGUAUAAUACCAUUGAGACUUGAAGCAAAUGGAUGCCUCCAAACAUGCAGAGAUAAAUUGUGAACUGUGGAGCAAAUCCAGAAACAAAGAAAUGAUGACUUUUCACUUUUCCUCAUCUCUACCCUUGAUAGUGCUGCUAAUUUAAUGCAUCCUGUUCCCCAAUUAUAUUUUUAUAUGAUUGCUGUCAUUUUUCUUAUAUAUAUAUGUAUGUUGUGUCUCAUAUUUAAGCAUUCCAGUUUGUAUAAUCUUUGCAAAUAACUUUGAUAUGAUUAUGUGACACAAUACAUUUAUGCAAUCUGCAGAUAAUCAAAUGUGUGCAAUUUGAAAAGCAAAACCUGCUCUAGAACUUUAUUUAUUUCUAGGACCCAUGGCAAGCUCUCACAGGCUCGUAAGAAAACAUGUUGGGGAUUUGUUUGUUUUCUGUCGUGCUUUAUAUUGUGGGCUUGUUGUUUCACUCUGUUAUUUCCAAUUAUGAUUUGAUGCUGUACGAUUCAGGGUUUUUAUACGAGGUAUGUUUCUUGUCUUGCACUCACCCAUUUACGAUCUUUACUAGCAGACACUGUCACCUUAGGGAGUUGUGCAGCCCGGUAAAUAAUCGUAAUGGUAUUUAGUAUUUCUAUAGCAUGUUGAAAAGAAGCACAGUUUAAAUAUCAAUCUGAGGACAAUGGACCUGUUGUUUGUUAGAAAACUAGCAAACAUUGUUUAUCAUUCUGCAAGUACCACUUUAAUAAUUCCUCAUCAUUAUAUUGCUCAGUGUUUUACAUUGAUCCAAUUCAAAGAAAAGGGAAAAUGUGGAAAUGGAGACAAUGUAUUCUGAAGAGUAGGAAUAACUGUUCUGGAAUGCUCUCUGAAUUCGUGUUUGGAAGAGAAAUUAGACUUGAAAGGCUUUGCUCAUCAUAUCACUGAAGAAAUUAACCUUGAAAAGGAAAUUAGACAUGAAAGUUCUUGCUCAUCAUACUAUCAAAUUUCAGAGAUCAGAAAAUGAGGAACCUCCCUGGCCUACUCUGCACCAAUUAAGAGAGUGACAGGAGAUGAAAA